AUGAGAGUAGGUUUGGAUUCGUCCUCCGAAGAGGAUGAACCUCUAUUUAAUAUGGAGGAUGUGGAACAAAGAGCGUUUGAAAAAGACAGGGAUCUGCCCCUGUGGAAGCGAUUUCUGAUCACGUUGAAAAAACUGGGAGAAGACAGGAACAGUUUGAAGUCCACACUUUGUUAUUGUGGUGUGUUCAUGGUAUUUGGAAUGUCAGAUGAAAUUCUGGGUCCUACUCUUCUCGAGCUCAAAUGUUUAACUGGAAAGUCUAUCACCCUCAUGAGCGUGCUGUUUUUUGUUCACGAUUUGUGUAAUGUUUUUGGAUCAACAUCCGGAGGAUAUUUAGUCGAUCGGUAAGUACUGUUAAAAUUAGAACGGUUAUGUAAGUUUUCGUUUGUUACUGUUAGCUGUAUCAUUUCAGGAAACAAAAUUCUUGAAAUCCAAAAUUAGGAGUGCCCUUUCGGCGCGUUCUAAGAGGUUGAUGCACAUCACACGAUUUUAAAAUCGUAAUAUUUUCGAAAAUGGCAAAACCUCGGCCUAGACAAUCUAAGCAAGCUGAGAACUAUUCUAUUGUCGAUUUUAGUAAGUAGUCUUGCAAGAAAUUAACAGCUAAAUUCGCAUCAAAACGUGAAAGGUCCUUAAAUAAAUUUAAAAUCUAGUGUUGACUGACUGAUUGGGGAAUGGUGCAUUCAUGUCUUCUCAUACUCAGAGAAUAAGAUCUUCUCUUGUUUCACAUAGAUGAUUGGUAAUCAUGCAUAUGUGGUUAUGGCUCAAGUCGGUGGUUUUAAAAUAUAUAUCAGUAUUUCUUGAUAACGCCAUGAUUUCUAUAGUAUGUGGCCCGAAAUUCAAAUUUACAAGUCUUAGAUAUGGCCAACGUAUUUUUCCCGUUAAAGUUACUUCAUAGCAAAGAAAAUAAUUUGUUUAGUAACUAGAUUUUACGGCGUGGAAAAUCACAGUAGGAGAUUAUGAAAAUGAAAACUGAUCACAUAGUCAUAAACUACAAAACAAAACAAAAAAACAAUUUUUUUUACUCUUUUCUUCAUGAUGCGAAUACUCUUUUUAAAAUACUGGGACAAAAUAUUUAAGCCAAUUUCCCGAGAUUCGAAAGUUGUGGCUAAGACUUCUGUUUGUCUCAUAAACGCGAAUUAAACUUUUUAAUAAUUUACCAUAAUGAUUUUCAGAAUAUUUCCUUUGUGUGAUAAAAUAUCAAAGUUACUGAAAAACCUUAUUCAAAAGUGUACCAGCGUUAUACUUCAAUCUUGAUAUGAGUUAAUUAAAAAAGUAUUUCACUCGGCUGUUGUUACUUUCAAGGAUGUAGCACGAUAAAUUUACACGGCUUUCUGCGCUGAACAAAACCUCAAAAAGAAUUCCUUAGAAUUUCAAAAUAGAAGAAUGCCAAAACAUGAUCUCUGAUUAGUUUCACGCCGGAAAAGCUCUAGCCCGUGAUUAAAAAUUUACGAUUUCUGGAGCAAUUUCUAAUAAAAAAAACAAAGGCCACAGUGAUAAGGAAAAGGCUUUUUCUCUUCUAGACCGCGGCCGCAAACAAACCACAAGACAUUUCGAACUCUAUUAUUACCGAAAUCGCUGAACCUUCCACGAAAUCACUAUAAUCUUUACAAUGGCUAGUAAACUCAAAACUAAGAAGCCUUUCCAGGUUCAAGACCACAUUGCCUGAAAAACAAGAAUCAAAUAGAAAGCAAUAAUAAACCUUCAUACGAGGAGAUAAAUCUCAUAUUUACUUGAGGAAUUUAAAAGACAAACAAUAUUCCUUAUUCACGUCUUAGUGCUUGCUUAUUUUCAAGUGUUUAUCCUUAUUCUCAAGUCUGCCCUUAUUAACGCUUUUAAGAACAAACAUAAAAUUAUUUCAGAAAAGCUAAUUACAGAUAUUGUUCAUCAAUGUACUUGUCACCAGAUAAAAAAUCAUUUCGGUUUUAAGACGGUGACAGUUUUGCAUUUUCAACUGUUUCAAUUUAAAAUUCAUGGCUAUCAUAAAGGAACUUCAUCCUGCGACGCAUAAAUGCCAGAUUGUAAAUGCAGAUGCAGAUGCAGAUGAAAUUAGUUUUUCUUUCUUUGAUUCUUUUGUAAAAAAAACAGCGACGCAAAUUAUCCUUUUUUUGUUUUAGAUAAAUGCCAGAUUUGUAAAUGCAGAUGCAGAUGCAGAAACUGAAAUUAACAAAAAUAAAGUUUUUCUUUAAACUUUGAUUCUUUUGUAAAAAAAAACAAAAAAGACUAAAUGGGUCGUAUUCCUAAAGAAAAAAUACAAAACCGAAUUUUCAAUCGUAAAUUAUCCUUUUUUUUUUUAGUUUGGUUGCACUAAAAAUACAACCUCUUACUGGCCUUUUUGAUUACUUUAUAUGACUGUUCCAGGUCAAGUCGCUAGCUAUAUUAAGGCCCAGGAGCUUUACGCUACUAACUACCUCCAACUCUUUGCCUUCAAUUACUAUGGGAUCAAAGAACCCGGGCCUUUUAGAAAAUGAGAUCAAACUCGGAGGGCACAGAUCCCCACUCCGAUCAAACACUUAGUACGUUUUCUAAUCAGAAUUUCAUGCUCCAGAUUGUUCUUAUAGUAGCGCCAUUUCCAUCAGUGUUAAUUGACCAAUUAUGUAACAUGCUAAUUAAGGCCAUAGUCGUGGAAGAGUUUGGUAUUGCCCCGUAUUGGCUGUCGUCAAUGAUACGCUGGUUUGACGUAGUCGUCCACAAUAAACCCUUCUGCGACCUUAGAAAUGCAUGGAGUAAGCGAGAUAGGUCUUAGGUCCUUUUUCAGUUCCUUUACUGAUUUUUUUGGGCAGGGGUGUCACGUCAGCCAACUUCCACAUUUUUGGUAAAUGCUGCUCGGAAGGAGGCAUUAAGGAUUUCUGUCACUGGGAAAGCCACUGCAUCUGAAUAUUCCUUCAGUAGCCAAUUGGGAAUUCUAUCAGGCCCACACGCUUUCCCAGGGUUAAGGUGAGACAGAACCUUCUGAACACGUUGUUCACCCACGUGCAGGAUCUCUGGUGUUGUAUUCGCCUCCAUGGGGAGAAACUCUAGUGGAGUUGGCAGUCUGUACUCCUCCAGCGGUUCUAAAAACGCGGCAUUGAUGGUGUUGGCCUUUUCUAUUAAUGACAAUUCUGAAAAACUUCCACGUCAAUCUGGCUCAGAAGGUCGCCAUUUUUCCUUUUUGAGCCGCUCAGACGCUUUACUUCGUCCCACCAUUUCUUUGGGGCUUCUUGUCUUAAAUUCUGAAUUCUCACUUCAUAAUAUUUAGCUCUGCAUGCCUUUCUUUCCCGGUUAACCAGAUUUCGGAAGAACUUGAAUUGGGCAGAGUCGCCGCCAUAUGAUUUGAACGCUUUUUGUCUUUUCAAAAUCAUUGACUUCAGCUUAUGGUCAAUCCAAGGAGCGUCCGCACUACAGGUGCGAAUUUCUUUCUCAGGCAUCAGAAUAUCAAGCCCUGUAUGUACAGCAGUGUGGAAAAUCUCCCACUUUUCCUGGCAACUAUCCGUUUUAAGUCACGCCUUUUAACAACGUGCUUUCUGUUUACAUCACGUUUACCAUCUUUUGGCGACACAACAACAGCGUUGUGAUCCGACAACCCGAAUGGAGGGUAGGCUUGUGGCGGAUUAUAGUAUUCUUUCUAAUAUGGCAUCCUUCCGGGUCUGAACUUGAACUAUUUGCUGGAGACUUUCAGCAAGCCCUUAAUAUCCAAGCGCCACAGUUGGGAUAUCGGGACUGGAACAAAUGCUCCCGGAUAAUGUCCCAUCGGCCUUGGGGGGGUGAUAGAUCAAAACCCCCCGGGGAGGCGGUUUGGUCUUAUUCAGGAAAUCGUUCAGUUGUUUAUAUUUGCACCGUUUUUCUUGAAUUUUUCUAGUCAACAACGGUGUCCAACACAGAGUCCUUUAAAAUAUGAUUACGAGUGAUAAACUCGCUAACUUCAUCCAUUUUGGGGCUAAAGACAUGACAUUCCUUAACAUGAUCUUAAACUUUGGGUGACCAUUCAGUGGAAAGGAAGUUCAAAAUUUCAAAUAAAACUUUGGUGGAACAAAAAACCGAGCGACUUCUUCGUCGUUGAAGAUAAAAUGGCAUUCAGGGGAAUAAAAUAUCGCCAUGACGGAAAAAAACGCGCUGAGCUGCAUACAAUGAAUACAACGAGUGCAAAGUUUUUACUUAUGUCUUUUACAACAUUUUCAACAGAUUCAAUCCCAAUGUCCUGGUGACAAUAGCUCUCGGCCUAAGUGCUAUUUGCAUCAUAGCCAUUCCGCUCAGUCAUAUCUUCGUCAUCAUGCUGUUUUUGGCUGGAGUAUUUGGCGGGUGUUUUGGCGCCACGGACACGUUCACAACCGUGCAACUAAUACGCAUGUAUGGCAAACAGGUAAGCAAAUGAGAAUUGUCAUAAUUUUUAUACCACAACAAGCUUACUAAAGGGGGCUCACUUCAUUCUCUUAUAAUACCCUUUCGUUCGUCCCUCGCUCUGUACCAGGCGACAGAAUGCUUUAAAACGAGGGGGCUCAUAGGAAAAGUGCCCAAAUUUAAAAAUUGGUGUGUAUGUGGUUCUUUUGUGCAUAAAAUUCUGUGUGUAAGUUCAAAAGUGCCCGAUAUUUUCGCAAUCGAUUUGUGUCAAUGCACUAUAAAGCAGUUGCUCAACCAAAGUCUUAAGAUAUACUAUUUCGCUAAGCGUGCCUUUAUGAAACAAUUUGCAUUAUUUUCAACGCGAAAUUCUUGUUUGAACCAAGCGUGUAUUUUCAUGAGUGAAGUGUUGAAGAAAAGCUAGAAGGCGCAGCGAAAGAAUUUUCGUCGUCAGUUCAUCGUUUUGUAAGUUUGUUUGGUUGGUUUGGUCAGCUCCUUCGACAUGUCCUCUGCUUCUCAGAAUUUGAGACCUAUUAUGACACAAUUUUACGAUCGUAUUAAUAACAAUGAUAAUAAUAAUGAUAAUGAUAAUAAUUAAUAUUUCUUUGACGCAUAUUAACAUGUAAAUUCGAUCAAAUGACUUGCGAUGUUACUUGCCUUGCAACGUUUUUAUAUACCCUGAUUUUAACAAAAUUCUGUUGCUUUUUGCAGGUCUCUCCGUAUUUGCAGGUAAGAUUCUAACAAACUCUCGCUGAAUUACUCUGAUUACGGCUGUUAAGAACUGUCCAAGCAAAGGGUUUCUUACUUACGGCGCCUAAAAGGCUCAAAUACCUAAGCAUUAAGCGUGGCAGCUCACUUUUCCAUCAUUUUUAUGUGAAAGAAAAUACUAAGUUUCACCGCCAAUUACACCUGAAUGCACAUUUUGUAUCUCUCAUUCGCCACAUUUAUCAUCAACUAUUUCACUCUUCUUCGCUAACCUUCUAAAUACUCAUACAUUCCUCUCCUACAGGCUCUUCAUUUUGCAUAUGGUUGCGGCGGAUUCUUGAGCCCGCUGAUAGCACGGCCUUUCCUACGGCGUCGCUGUGUUCUGGUAGUGAACUAUACGACUAUUGUCGAUGAAUGGCCGUACGCAAAUUCUACUACUGGUAUUGACAAUUCUACACACAUAUUCCACACUCAGGAAGAGACACACCGUGAUACUCAUGUGCGUUGGGCCUACUGGAUUGUAGCUCUGUUGCACGUAAGUACAAAGGAUCAUAAUUAAUAUAAUUUUAGGCAAACACUAACCCCUUACUAACCAGGCGCGAGGGCCGCACUGGUCAAUAUUGACCCAAGGUCGUGGCAGUACGACUGAACCGAGCGCAACGAGGUCCGUACAGAAACGGCUGAAGGCCAAUAUUCCUUAGUUCAGCUUGAACAAGCGGGGUUAGUAAGUGGUUUAUUAUAUGGCACUCGGAUUAAACUUAGUUAUUUUGAAUUUGCCGGCUUUCGAGAGCAAAAAAUACACAUCCCAGGAACGUUUCAAAGAAAGCGGUCCAUAGUCCAAAUGGCAAAACCCAAUCGAGUAGGACCUAAUCAGAACGCUCGGAUUUAACUCAAGACUUCCUUGCCAUAUAACAAAGGUACGUCAACAGGAAUUCUCCAGAAAAAAAGCAAUGUCUUUAUAGAGCAAUGAGUCCAGAGCUGCGCAAAUCCAGCCUAUAAUUGUGAUUAAGAGGUGCAAAGGGAGACUCACCAAAAAGGGGCUAAGACGGUACCCUGAGAUUCCAAAGGAAAACGGUAGUGUUAAAAGGCCCCACGAAUAGGACAUACUGCAAUAGAGAAAACUUUAAAUUAUGAACUAAGCAAACUUAUUCCAUCCUUUUGAAAUUACCGAGAAAAAUGUUAUUCAGAAGGGAACAGCUGGUAAACUACAACUUGGAAUGACUCUGACUUGUCUUUUUCAGCUUCCAGUUAUAUUUGGUUUGUUGUGGCUGAUGUUUACGCGCAAGUUGGCAAAAAUAACAGGAACUCUAAAAAAAUACGAAUAUGAAAUGUACGAUGAACAAAGACUCAAUAACCCAGGUUAGUGUCUUCAUUGUAUUUUAACAAUAUCACGUCUGAGAAAAAUGUAAAACCACUUUCAUUAUUUUGUUUCAAAGUAUUUUCCAGGAUUUUUUGCACACUUAUGAAACACUGUCGCAAGAAGAAAGGGUGAUUUUCUUUGGAUUUCUUUUUAUUUUGAAAAUUAACUCUUUAGUCUAACUUUAUUAUAUUUCUACGAUUAUUAAUUUACCUUCCUCCAUUGUUUUGUGGACUGAAGCUAUUUAUUUUAAGGUUUAUCCCGCGUUAGCUGUUGUAGAAGAUUAAGCCAUACUGGAAGAUUAAAAGGCGCUUUCCUUUGAAUAAAGAGACUCUUGGAACCUCUCCCUUGGGCGUGUUUAAUUAGACUUUUGACUGUACAAAUUGACAGUUAUAAAUAGGGAGGGGGCGUUGUGCCUCUUUCACACAAAACUCCACGAUUAUAAAUGGUAAAAUCAGUUAAUUCUACUACAGUCAAUAACAGGAUGAUGAAUUUCGUUAGGUUACAACCAUCACAUGGUUACAUUGUAUCUUAACGGAAACCCUCCAUGGCUAAAGGUCUUUGGAGACGAUCAGAAACCACGAGUUGUGGUCGUCACAGUUCUGACGUCACUGAUUCUGCUGCUGUACGAUGGUCUUAUGGUAGGUCACGUAUCUUAUAACGAUGGUCUUAUGGUAGGUCACGUAUCUUAUAACUUGCCUCGAAUGAUCAUGACGAUAAUAAUAUAAAAUUGGCCGAACGCAUUGGCGCGGGACAGAGUUGAAAUAACGAUAACGAUUUCCCUUUAAUUAUAAAACAUGAGAUGCAAUUAAGUAUGCCAAGUAGACAAAAACGAAAUUCAUUGAUAGAAAAGGUAUCUAAGUUUAUUUUUUGCUUUGCCCUCCUUAGUCUAACUAGUCUAGUGACUUUCUAGUUAACUUCUUAACUCUCAUCGUGAGUCACCACUGACUAUUCAAGGUUAUUAAUCUUAUAGCAAGGUUAUUAAUAUUAAUUAAUCAAGUUUUCUUAAUACUUUACACUCGUUAAAUUACAUUCGACAUUCUAGUUUAACUUCAACUCUAAUUUAAAGAUGGAGCCUCACCUAUAAAUCGUCCUGGCCUCUUCAGACUUCCUCGCCUUUACUUUUUCUGCUUUCUAUUUUCCAUGUAUUAUCUUUGCAAAUUAGCUUUGUCCCCCUUUUAAUAUGUAAUUAAAACAAAUUAUAAAUAAAUUUUAAAAAAUCAAAUUAAUAAAAAACUAUAACUGUUUCUUCAGGCCACAUUUGGUGCCUUUGUGUAUUCCUACGCCGUCAAAGGAGCAGUUCACAUCAAACCGAGUCACGCGGCUUAUCUUAACUCUCUCUUCUGGGUAAAUAUACAACAAUAUACUGCACAAAUAGAUUCCAUGUUUCCGUACUUCUAAUCAGUAAUAGAUCACGGAUGACGUCAGAAUGUGGCACACAAGGCGCCUUCGAGUGUCACUGAUGUUCUUACCAUAUUUUGACGUCUUUUGGGGUCUAUUACUGAACAGACCCAGGGUAAAAUGGAAUCUAUCUUUGUUUUAUAUGAUGAUCGAGCAAAAUGCUGUUAACAGUGACGUCAACUAUGCGUCUGUCUUCCGAUAGAUCAUAAGUAAGAACCAAUCAAACUUCGUGUAUCAUUUGGUUAUCAUAUAAAUUACAAUCGUGUAUAGCGAGAGGAGACAGGUCUCGUUAGAUUAUUACGCUCACGAUACGAUCGAGAAAAAAAUGCAUUUUCUUUUCCAUUCCGUUUUCUUUUAUUCUCUUUUUUUUCAUCUUUUUUAUCUGUUUUUUUUUCAGAGUUUGUUUUCAUUCUCUUUAUUCCUCGUUCUAAAAUGAAAUACUCGAACUAUCUAUUUCCUUCUUUUACACACACAAACCUUUCGGCGAUGGUGAUUUUUUUUAUUAACAUUUCUGUUCUUCCAGGGUUCACUAUCAGUUGGUCGAUUUGUGUCCAUACCUGUAGCCAUGUAUGUGAAGCCUCCCACAAUGCUGAUGAUAAACUUGGUAACAUAAUUAAUAUUUUGGGGGAUUUUGCAAAUGUUUUUACUACAUAGACUGACUGAAAGAUUUCAAAAUUUCAGAAAUAGUUAACUGAUCAUUUCUUUCACUUUUUUCCGCACACUUCAAGCUGAAAGCUGAACGACUUUGACUGAAGCUCUCAUACAUCCUUCCCAAUCACUAUUAUGCAAUGAAAAAGGAGUUUCCCCAUAAGCUUUUCCCCUUGAGUUCCUACUGAUCACGUGAAGGUUCCACUGUGUCUUUAUUUAAAUCAGUCCGUUUUUGCGAUCGGCUUCCGUGAAUUCAAAGCUAAGAUAACCACAAAUUCCAAUCAGAUGAGACUAAAUAAUUACCAGAAGUCAAUGAUAACUCCAACAUAGAAACUAGCAAACGGUCAAAGAGGAAAGUAAAGAAAAAUAAAAUUAAUCCUGGAUUAUUUUUGACAUUAAACUAAAAAAUUACUUUAUCAGUCGGUAUUACAAUGGAGGUUGCAUGAACCUUUAGAGGCACCUCCUCCCCCACCACCCUUUUGCAACACCCUCUGAGUGGAGGAAGUUAAUUAAGAGGCCCCUCCUCCCCCACCACCCUUUUGCAACACCCUCUGAGAGGAGGAAGUCAAUUUAGUGAGUCAAUUUUCUGGGUGGAGGAAGUCAAUUUAGGUGUUGACAUGUUUGAGGCCUUCUUUUCAUUAUCUGAAGUCAACAUUUGAAACCUAUCGUCCAAUUUCAGGUUGGCUGCCUUUCGUCAACACUUUUCAUGUUAAUAUUUGAAGAAAGUGAGCCUGCACUCUGGUUAGGGACAGCGGGGGCUGGCCUAUUCAUGAGCAGUGUCUUCCCAACCAGCAUUGCGCUCGCCGAGUAUUACAUCGACCUCACAGGUCAGACAGUAACUACCUCCCUAGCUUAGUUCUGCAAUAUGAAAUCAAUAUACAGUCUCGUGACCAGAGUGGUAAUCCAUGGUUCUUACUUCCUCAAACGUAACGACUCGUUAAUAAUUGUUUUUUAACGCAAAUCCUUCCUCAUUUUUCUCGUAGCUCCCGUGACCAGUGUAAUGAUCGUCAGUGCAGCUCUGGGAGAACUUAUUUUGCCCUUGGUAGUGGGACAGGUGAGUGGCUAAGAUAUUUUUUUCGAUAGUGUUUAAGAGAGUUUGCACGUUACACUUUCAUCCCAGCGACUUGAAGAACACACCUUCCAAGUUCAAUUGCGCUUUUGCCGCCAACCUCUAUAUUUUUUGUCAACUUAAUAGCUACUUUUAUGAUAAAUUGAAAUAUGUACUCAUCAUUCUCGUUCCAACUCUCCAGAUACUAAACAAGCCCCUGUUUUUUCACAGGUUUUCGAGAGACUGGGUCCCGUUAGUUUUCUGGCAAUUGCGUUCUGCGCAUGCUUUAUGGCUCUGAUGAUAUUCAUCCUUUUGCGGUCAGCGGAAAGAUCAGAGACUGGUAAGUUACAUUCUUGAAACAGAAGAGUAUGAUUUUAUAUUUACCAAUAUGAAAUUAUUUUUCUUCGUUUUGAUAGACUGGCUUGGAUUUUUCUGGUUCGUUUGGUGUGGUCAACCUCCGAGCUCUGCAAACCAGCCAACAUACCAAACACAAGCCCACGACCCCACUCCUACCGUGGAAACUGGAGACAACCCUCCGAUAGAGACAGUGGAGCUGAACAUUCAAGGAUAGCAAAAUUGGGUUUUAGGUCAUAACUUCUUCUUUAGGUGACCUCAAGACGGUUUCUUUGGUUUUUUUUAACAAAAGUGUUUGCAGGAGGCACGUUUCUUCGCCUAUUGGAAUAUUUGAGACUAGUCGGCAAGAGAUUUGCCGAGGGUUAGUGCCAGGCCUCUUUCAGACCCCUGGCUGGCACGAGGCGCCGAAGCACCAUUUAUGAAGGCCCGAUCGCCGGCUAAUGAUUUCGUAAUGCUGCCCUUUUUUUUUCUUUCCUUUCCUCCAAAGGCUGAUUGGCUCUGAUUGCGGUUGAAGAAUCUAUUAAAGGAUAGAAUAGUUGUUUUUUUGAGUGCACACAGUGUAUUUUUGCUUUGGUGAUUUCAAUCAUCUGUUCAAAUACUUUAAUUAUCUCCAAGAUAAUAUCAACUGCUCUCUCAUUUAGAUUUCGAUUUCGUUUGAUGGUUUUUUUUUUGUUUGUUUUUUGGAAGCAUCAUGCUAAAAAUUGUGGUUGACGAUCAUUUAAACAAGGAAUUGUUAAACAAAGAAAUCGUUUGAAACCUUCUAAAACCUUAAAUUUGGGAUUAGCAGACGAAACUUCAGAGUGUUUUUAGGUCAGUAUUUAAAAUCCUGUGUAAUGACGUUAUUUUUGUGUAUAGAUGGAAGUGGUGUUUUUGGGGUCAUUGAAAAUUUCUUCUAGGCUAAUUUAGCAAAUAAACCUUAGCUCCCUAAUAAUCCUUUCAGAAAUAAAAAGGGACAGCUUAUUUUAAUCUGCUGAACUGAUCUCCCCAGCCUUCUCUUCCUGUUCUGUGACAUUCGGUUAAGGCUUUAUAUUUUACCUUUUUUUCCACCUUUGUUUUUUAACACGUUAAAUGCUUUUCAUUCAAAAAAAUUUCCCGCGUUUCCUGACGAACCGUGCUUUUUUUUUUUUUAUUGUUUUAUAUAUUCGAAGUGGCUGGCUUAUUAGUAACAAUAAUGAACUUCAAAAAAAUGGAAAUAAUUUUCUGAAAUCUUGUAGCUUUUUUAUAGCUUUGUUGGAGUAGGUGAUUUCAAAUUCGACAGAAACAUUUUUAAUUACAACAUAAAUGUCAAACAAAGUAUAACUUGGGGAUAAUGAGGCACAAUGUGAAGGCAUUCCAACCUUUGAAAAUAAGUGUGAUGUUCUGGCAUGCCUGGAUAUUGUAGAAAUUCCGUGACUUGUUGUUGGCUGGGAAAUAAAAGAAAUGUAAAACAAAUACGGCUGUUGAUAUGACUCAGACCCUUGUCCUAGUUUUUCUCACAUGCCUGAUCGAGAAAUUUCUGGGAACGAUUUUAGCCCAGGUUCCGAAUUGUUACAAAUUGUCAUUUUAUUGAGAUCAUUUGCAAAAUUUUCUCUUUUUCCUUCCUGAAAUGAAAAGGAGCUUUAAGGGAACAGGUUGAUAUCUGUGGUAGAUUUAUUCAGUCCUACUAUUGAACAGCUCCUUAUGUCUGUACCAGAUAACCAGUUGGUGCAGACGCGCCAAAAAUCUGCUGUCGUCUCGCUUGCAUUUUCGCCCGCCUUCGCUGACUGAGUUCCUGACACAGGUUACCUUUCACUGUUUGGUGUAAUUCUGCGGUUAAAAUGCAAAUAUUUACAAAUCUAUUUUAUCAGUUUCAAACAUGUUAGCUCCCUGAUGGAAAUCCACAUUAGGAGCGUUCUUGACACCAAAGAGAAAAUCGCAAUGUUUUGUAUAUCGCAAAGUUGGAAAUAAAUAUCUUGCUCACUCGACUCCAAUCAGAUUGAAAAAAAUUUGAAGAUGACGAAAACACAGUUCUCCUUAUCUUUAUUUCUGGCUCGGUCCCACUUAUGAUAAGAUUGUUCCUAACAACUCUCUUGUUUGUAGCACUGAUUAGAACUUAACUUAGCUACACCGGUAACAAUUGGUCAAUCUGCAAAAUAAGCUAGAAAUCCCACACCCUACCGCAGGGAACCGUAAUUUCUCCACAGUCACCCACCAUGAUUUACAGAAUCUGAGGUUUCUUUAAAUUUGAAUAUUUUAAAUAAUUAAGAACUUUCCCGAAUAAGAUUCAAAGAGAUGUUCUGGCUAAUUGAAAUUUUGAAUAAUUGAAAUGCAAUAGAUUGAAAUUCUUUCUUUCGUUAUCCAUAAAAAUGAAGUUUCCUUUAAAGUAUUUCCACUCUGAAGUGAAAAAACGAAAAAAAAAGUGCAGGAAAUGUUUUAGAAAAUGAAAAAUUUUUACUGUACCGUCUGUAUAUAAAUUUAGUAAAAGUUUAAAACUAAAAUGAACCAGUUGGUGGCAAUUGUUCAUCAUUCAAAGAUUUUUAUUUUAACGAAGUUCUUUUCAAGUAGUGUUCUUAGCAAAAGAUCUAUUUCAUUCCUAAGUUUCAAACACUUUCUGUCUAUUAAACUAUAUCACCUACAUAUAGCAAUAUUCAGAAAGUUUGCAAGAAUCAGUCACAUCCAACAAAUAAAUAAAACAUGGCGUCAUGAAUUUUUGAUCGGCCGAACCUUGUCGCGAACGAUAAUUUCGAAAUAAAAUCUUAGUCUCGUCAAAUUCAGGCGAACAAUGUAAUCAUUAUAAUAGCAAAAAUAAUGAAAGGUAAACAAUGAUUUGUUUUAAAGAGUGAAUAUACUUGGGUGAACUACAGGCGACAAAGCUAAUCUCAGAAAAUUUUUCAUUCACAAGGUUUGUUUGUCUUAAACGGAUUUUCUUCGAUCCAAAUCGCGUGACGUCACAAGCUUAUAUUUCCAUUUAGUCGAGACAAAAUGGAGUGAACAGAUUUCCCAGUUUUUUUUAAGCUUUCCGCUUGUUAGCGAACUGAAGAUCUGCGCUUGAAGUCCUCCGGCGUCUCCACGUAAGUCCACAAAAGAAUCAUCGACCAGUAUGUUGGAGAAUUUCUUUAAGGGAGAAGUGCCGAGUAUUUUUGAAACAACGAUUAAGCGCGAGAAAGGUUCGCGAUCGGAGGACAACUCACCAACUUCGAGAUUAAAGAAUUACAGGAACGAAGAGGAAUUUCUGCGAAGCGUUAAAGCAACAAUAUGUUAUUGCGGUUCCUUCUGGACUUUUGGAAUGGCUGCUGCUGUUAUUGGGCCGACAUUACUCGAAUUGGGCUGUGUUACUAACCGGCCGCUAAAUGUGAUGAGCUGGGUAUUCUUUUCGCAAGCUUUAAGCGCUCUAUUUGGUUCAAGCAUAGGAGGAUUCUUAGCCGACAGGUAUAUAAAACCUUUGAUUUAUUUGAUGGUAAAUUAAAUCAAACUGUCAACAAAAAUCAAGUAGCUUCAGAAACUGAAUUUAAAGUUGGGAAUGGUCAAAACUGUUUUUAUAACCACAUCAGUGCGUAGAGCUCUUUUACACAAUCUAUUUUAACAUCCAUUCUUUAACGCAUGGGAUUAAAAGUUUUUGUCAUAAAAAUUAAUUCAAUGAAUCCAUAAGUCUUCACAGGUUAUGAAUGUCAUAAUAUAUUGCAGAUGGAAUUUUUCUCUCGAGAAAAAUAUCUUAUUUACUUUGCUAAUGUUUGGACCAGUGAGGAAAAAGGUAGAAAUGAGUGAGUUAUGAUCUUAAAAUCAAUAGUUAGUUUCUUGAUAUAAAAAAAUCCUCCUUAAACUAAGCAUUUUGAGUGAACUGAUAGAACUAUUUUUAAAACUUUCAGAAACUACUAAGAUUUCACAACAUACUAAAAUUUGAGCAUAUGAUAAAAUUAUUAUUUUUCUCCAUUUCUAGAUGAGACAGUCUUAAUUUUUUUGUCUUCCGGCGGCAAUUUUAUCACUUCUUAAGCACCUUAAUGCCAUAAAUAUUUACAUCGAAUUAUGUUUAAACGUUCAACAUCAUUUUGGAUAAAUGGGGGAGAAACAUGUUUUCAUUUUGGACAGCGAAUAUUACUGGGGUCUUGCACUUAAAUUGCACUUACCACGCGUCUCAAAAACGUUUAACAGCAUACUUCCCUCUUUUCAGUUCGAAAUACUAGCUACAAUCGGCAAUAUUGGUUUUUUACGAUCAGAAAUGCAUGUUGUGUAUCAUAGCAACUGGAAAUUGAGAUCGAAACUGCGCUCAGGGCAUGAGGUGAGCGUUGCAGCUUUAGUAAAUCCUGGUAUAAAUUAGAAAAUAUCAUAAAUAACAAAAUUGUGCUUUUAAUUUCGAUGGACUUAAUUUCCGGCUCAGCGGUUAUACGUUUCUAGAAUCUUAAUUCACCUGAGAACAAAUUAUCAUAAAUUUUAUUGCUUAAUUUUGUGGUACAGUAUUUUACUUGAUAAAUACACAGAACAGUCUAUUUCAAGAAUUGAUUAGCAAAAAAAACAUGAUUUCAUCGUUGAAAAAUUCUCGUCGAAAGUGACAUUUAUUUAAGAUAUGACUUGAAGCAUCGGAUCGCUGUCGGUAUAUUGGGUCAGGUAAGGGGUUAGUGCGCAAUUGCUCAGAUACCGGCACUGAUCCGAAGUUUCUAUAAAAUUUCAGGUACGACUGCAAUAUCAUACUGCUGUAUUGCGUGACGUCUGUAGCAAUCUAUCUUGCCGUAAUCCCAGUGUGUCACGUGUUUGGCGUGAUGUUGGCGUUUUUCGCCAUGUUGGGGGUCCACAUGGGAGUGAUUGAUACCGUAUCGAAUAGUGUCCUCAUCAAGAUUCACGGGAAAAAGGUUGGUAUGCCACUAACGAAAACACUAUGGGUGAAUCUUUUCUUUUAAUAUUAAAAAAAGAUUUUCCAAGGAGAAACCAACGCCUUUUUAUUCAUAAUUUUAUCAGUUCACUCACACCUUUUUAUAUCAUUUGUAGGUGGCGCCAAGAUUGCAGGUAAGCUAAAAAAAAGAAAAGAUAGCAGUAAGUAGAACCUUCCGUAAUAUGACAGGGAGUUUAGUUAUUAUUUAAUUAGAUAUAUAUUCUUACCGGAAAUUUUUAUGACAAAGUGAGGACCAAUUGCACACUACAACUUCCCGUCAAACCCAUUAGUUACAACUACUCCUUUCAAGUACAAUUUCUCAAUUUCUACAACAUUUUUUGUCUGCAGUCUCUUCAUUUCUUUUACGGCCUGGGGGCACUGGUCAGCCCUGUCAUCGCAGAGCCAUUUCUGCGGAGCGCAUGCUCGGAUGGACAUUUCAAGAGUAACAUCUUUGGUUGGACGCUGGAGAAUUCGACCCUGGAAAGAUUGUCAGAGUACAGCGUUGAUGGCUUUCCAGAUAUCGAUGUUAACCUGACAAUUCUAAAUGAGACCAUAUCACAGAUGAUGAGUCCGCGCCACUAUCACACAAAGUCUUUUGUUCAAUACGCCUACUGGCUGGUAGCGCUUCUUCAGGUCAGUUCAAUUGCAUGGUCCUUUUGAAUUAGCCUGUUUGUCUGGCUUUCCACCUUUCUGUCCGUCAGUCAGUCAGUCUGUCUGUCUGUCUGUCUGUCUUUCAGUCUGUCUUUCUGUCUGUCUAUCUGUCUUUAUAAAUGAGACCAUAUCACGAAUGAUGGGUCCACGUCACUAUCUCACAAAGGGGAUCUUUAGUUGAUCCAAUACCAAAUUUUCCAAACAAACAUCACAAGAACUAUAUGGUAGACGGUAAGGAGAAUUACUAAAGAGAUCUUGGGAGUUAAAGGUUUAAAUAUUUGCAAAGGAAAGAAUGGCAUGGCGAAAUAUCGGAAACCGACCCGCCCGGUUGACCGGAUUCAUAUGAAGAGGCUCUUAGUCUGUGUCUGACUCACACUAAGCCCACAUAUCCAAAAAAUUUUAAGUAAUGUACUUAAUCCACGUUAAAACUUGUUAUUCUUUUCUCUUUCAGAUUCCCGUGCAGUCAGGUUUGUUUUACCUCAUCUACAGGCAGCGAUACCUCAGGCGCUGGUCACCUGAUAUUUUUGCUGGGAGGGUGGUGACUCUUGCCGCUUUGCCUCCUGGGAAUAGCGAUGAAACAGAGAGUGAAGGUAAAACACAUCGAUUCUACUCGGGUGGAAGCAGUUUUGAUUAAGGAAUUGUGUUGCCAAACGGUGCGUGAACAUGAGAAUCUUUGCUAGCACAUUAUUUGGUCUUAUCAGCAUGAUAUGGCUAACAAUAAAGCUCUCAGGUCACCACGCAGAAAUACGUUAGGAUAAAUACUACUUUUCGUCGAUUUUUUACACCGUGAGGCGUGAAUAGCGCAGCGAUGAGCACUAGAGCUUUUUAACACAGUACAGUCUGUUCAUCUUUUUUAGAUCUACCACAAGUGUUGAAACCUACCGCUGACUCCUCUAUCAGAUUAUCGUUCUGUAGUCUUCCUGCCAAAAUACCGCUGGUAACAAUCCUCGCUGGCCUGUUGUUAUUCCUGUUUGAUGGCUUACAGGUAUCAUGAACAACUCAUUCGUCAUUAUUAAACCAUAUUUAUGGUAGAAAUAACUUGAUUGGCUGUUAUCAUAGCUCAAUCGAAAAGUGCUCUUUAACCUAAUGUUCAAGUUGUUUUCUCUAUAAAAAUUCUUAUUCUUGUAUACCUCUAUUUUAGGGCGCAUAUGGUGGAUAUUUAUACACGUAUGCAGUCAAAAGUGAAGUGCACAUGACUCCAAGUCACGCUGCUUACCUUAAUUCUUUAUUCUGGGUAUGCAAUCAGACUUUUGAUAUGAUGCUCAGUAAUAUAAUUUGAAUAGUGUUACAGGAAUUUUAUCAGAGAUAAAAUAAUAAUAAGAGGGAUUAAAAUAAAGCAAAUUUGAAAACUGCAUAGUUGAAUUUGCGCGGCAUAAAUAAAUGUUAUUAGAUAAACAAUUAGAAAACUCGGGAAUAACAUUUCAUAUAUUUCAGUAUCCCAAUGUUUUCCCUUUCAAUUUCUUAACAGUUUAAAUCUCCGAAGUGAUUAACUUUUAACACUUUUCCUCACAGUUUUAAAACAUGAUUGAUCAAUAAGGUCCUUAAAACAUCUUGAUCAUUAAACCCCUUCAACCAAUUGACAUAGAAAUUUAUAAAAGUUAAAUUGAAGAAUUAUCUUAUUAAUAUUAUUAAUUUGAUACUUAUAGUUCAUCAUAAUUUUUUCAUUUAGUGUUCCUUUGCCGCUGGCAGAUUUAUUUCUAUCGUCGUUUCUGUUUUUCUGGUACCGGAUAAAAUGCUUUUUGUUAAUCUGGUAAGUGGAGAGAAUACCAAAGAACUUAAUAUCUGAAGAAAAAUUGUUUUACUUCCUCUCACCAUAAAUAGCAAUUUUCCUCUCUAUAGUGAAUUUCCUAUUCAAAGCAAAAAUUUUAAUUUGAGUAUUAUUCGCCUUUCAGUUUGGAUGCUUUACGGCAAUAUCCUUUAUGUUGUAUCUGCACGAUGUGUCUUUAGCAUUAUGGAUCGGUAGCGGGGCGUUUGGCUUGUUUAUGAGUUCUGUAUUUCCUUCCACUCUGUCUAUGGCUGAACACUACAUUGACGUCACAGGUACAACAGCUGUCACCAUGGUAACUGCUCCAAUGUCCUGAAUGAUAUGAUAGACUGAACAAAACACGCAGUUUGAUUGGUUCUUACUUAUGAUCUUUCGGAGGAUAGGCGCAUAGAUGACGUCACCACUUUUUUUUUUCUCAUCAAAUUUUGACGUCAUUUGUGAUCUAUUACUGACCAGAUGCCCGAAAACAUAAAAUCUAUUUGCUAAACAGCUAAGAUGGAAUUCUUUUAAAAAAACUUCCCUCCUCCGGCGCUACAGCUGACAACAACACUCAUGUUAUCUUUUUUUUUUAGGAUCCAUAACUAGCAUCCUAAUUGUUAGUUCUGCAACAGGAGAGAUGGUAUUUCCUUUACUCAUCGGAAAGGUGAUCAUAAUUUCUCUUGAAAGCAGAUGCACACAAGUUUAGAUAAUAUAUAAAUAAGCCUAUUAUCUUAUAAGCUUAGAAUUUGUAAACAGCGUAGGCAGAGAAAAACUCUGAGUACCAUGACAGGAUUGAAACUGCAGCUGAAAAUAUUCCGAUUUUGUCAUCUAAAGAGAACUCUUUGGUCAGUGCAUUGAGUUUGUAUUAGACAAAUGUCUUGUAUACUGCUAGGAUUAGUGUUGAAAGCGUCUUCAGUGCGAAAAUUAUUAGAAAGAUAGAUAAUUUUGAGUAGGUCGUCGAAUAAAGACAGACUUACAAUGUUUGCCUCGGGUAAGGAAUAAAGUUUGAUUUUUUUAGGUCGUUAGAUGUUCUUAAAGUAUAUCGUUAAAAACGCACACAGCGUUAGCAAAUAUCACAUACACUCUGAACGUGUGCAAGUGUCCGAGGACUAUAAAACUGACUUUAAAUUGCUUACUGACCAUUAAACUUAAACAAAAAAUCUUUGUGGAGCCCGGUUCCCCAAUAAAGUCUCACUGAUGGCUGUCUUUUCCGUUCCAGGCGUUCCCGCGGAAAGGACCACUCUCUUUCCUCGUGAUUGGCUUCUUGGUUUGUACUUUCGCCCUUCUUGUUUUUCUGACUUUGCGCAUGACUGCUAAGGCUCAGAUCAACCAAUCAGGUAGGCGAAAAUUGUAAACGAUUUUCUAGAGGUUAUAUUAUGAUGUAACAAUUUCGAAUAGUUUGAAGUUCGUGCAAGAUCUGGAAAUCAUAUUCAAAAUGUAAUUUCGCAGAUGGAGAUUCGCUUGAAUAGAGAACUCAUUAACCUUUUCCCUUUGUCCAGUGCAUGAUCUCUAUCGUGUCGCAGUCAAGCGCCUUUGCCGUUGUAACCAGGCCUGUGACGAUUGUGAAUACACCCCUCUGGUUACGUGUGACGAAGAAACUGAAGAGACUGGGAACGACGAGCUAAUGAGAGGCGAGACAGCACAUAGAGUUGUGGAGCUUCAAAGUUGACCUAUCGCACCUGCCCGGAUGAGAUAUCUUCUGUUUUAUAUUUCUUCUUCUGAAUUAUUUAGUCCAGUCAAACUAAAGAUGGUUUCAAUGAUUUUGUUCGAAAGGGCUUAUCUCCAUAAGCAUUCCAACAAAAUUUACAGCAAGAACAGUAUAAGUACGAAAUUUGACGGAAAAUUUUCAGAAAAAUAUUGAGAUGACAAGUAUCGCAAAAACAAUCUAUUCAUUGUUUGUCAACAAAAAGGCUGAUAUAAUUAUUCCUGGUGGGGAUAAGCAGGGUGUUUUUUAUAUUUCUCCUUCUGAAUAAUUUAAUCCAGUAAACAAAAGAUAGUUUCAAUAAUUUUGUUCAAAAGGGCUUCUCUCCAUAAGCACUCCAACAAAAUUUAUAGCAAAACAUUGUGAGUAAGAAAUUUGAAAUUUUUGUCAGCAAAAAGGCUGGCACAAUUAUUCCUGGUGAGGAGAAGCAGGGUGUUUUUUGUAUUUUCAUCUUUUUUCUGAAAUUAAUAACAAAGUGAUUUUCCUUCAUCCUUUAACAAUCAACAGUCAAAUGCAAACCAUUGAAAAAAGUGGGGAACUAAUUUUUCUUAUCAUCUCCUUAAUGCUGUUGGGAGCAGGGUGAGUUUUUAGCGGUGUCCCUCCAGAAUGCCGUUUUCUGAAAUAUUUUGAAAUUUAUUUUCUUUGGGACAUUUCUUGCAAAAUGGUUGCUUGGGGAAAACGUGUUCAGUGCUCUGAUUAGUUAGUUAUUAUAAAUUG